UGCCGGAUUCGAAUCGCACGUCCGUCUGGGAGCCCGUCGCCGGCGGAGCGGCGCGCCGGCCAAUCAGCGGCGGCGACCGGCGGCCCCCGGAACGUUGGGACAGCUGGGCCCCGCCCCGCGCCGUUGUUUGUGGUGUCGGCCGGGCCGCGGGAGUCGAACCACAACAUUCGCCGGGCGGCGGCGGCGGCGGCGGCGGCGGCGGCGAUCGAGCGCUGAGGGAGGCGGCCGGGGGGGGGGGGGGGGCGUCCGCGGGCCGCCGAGCCCCGCAUCCGCGCGGCCGCCCGCGCCGGGCCUGGCGUCGCGCCAUGUCGGUGAACAUGGACGAGCUGAGGCACCAGGUCAUGAUCAACCAGUUCGUGCUGGCGGCGGGCUGCGCGGCCGACCAGGCGAAGCAGCUGCUCCCGGCGCACUGGCAGUUCGAGACCGCCCUGAGCACGUUUUUCCAAGAAACCAACAUUCCCAACAGCCACCACCCCCCGCAGAUGAUGUGCACUCCCAGCAACACACCCGCCACGCCGCCCAACUUCCCCGACGCCCUGGCCAUGUUCUCCAAGCUCCGCGCCUCCGAGGGCCUGCAGAGCGGCAACAGCCCCAUGACCGCCGUGGCCUGCUCGCCCCCGACCAACUUUAGCCCCUUCUGGGCCUCCUCCCCGCCCAGCCACCAGCCGCCCUGGAUGCCGCCCUCCUCCCCCACCUCCUUCCGCCUCCACUGCCCACAGCCCGCGUGGCCCCCCGGGGCGCAGCAGGGGGGCGCCCCGCAGAAAGCCGUGGCAGCCCUGGACGGCCAGAGAUGAGACUGGAUGCCGCCGCCGCCGCGGGGCACUGGGCUGGAGUGGGGGGGCUGUCCAGGGUUGCGGGGGACGUGGAGGAGGGGCCGGGAGGGAGGGCAUCGAGGGAGGGGCGGGCUUUCCUGAAGAGCGCACUGGAAGAUUUUCUAAGAGCAUUUUCUGUGGCGGGCGGGCGGGCGGGCGUGGGUAGGAAGCGUCCCUGGCUCCGUGGGUCCCUGAGGAGUUUUUCUUCGGGGAGGUUGGUUUUUUCCCCUCUCUUUUUAAUAUAUAUAAUAUAUACGGAUCUACAGAUACAGCUAAUGUACGUGAAUGUCACGGGGUGGGCGUGCUGGGGUGCUGGGGUCCGAGGGGCGGGGGUGAGGCACAGCCCCGUGGAGCUGCCUCCUUCAGAAGGCGCGCUUGCCAGCGGGCUCCUGCUCCGGCCUGGGAACAGGCGUCUUCUGGCUGUCGAGGGGGUCCCCCCCCCCCGAAGGGCGUGGUGGGGCUGUCCCCCCCCCCACCGCGGCUGCUGUCCCCGGGGCUGGGGGACCGGAGAGCCUGAGUGCGGAGCCUGGCUGUCCUCCCCGCGUCCCCCCCCCCCCCGCCCCCGCCGUCCACAGAGCAGCCGGCCCCUCCCCGAGUCCAGGGCAGGGCCGGGGCGCACGGGAGAACCCUGCCUUUGGGUUGAGCUCCGAAAUCCCAGCCACAUCUCACCAGGGGGAAAUUUUAAUUUAAAAAACAAAAAACUUUAAAAAGAGACUUUUGCAAUU